CCUCAUCAGAAGUCAGACAGCUAACUCACGCUUUCUUAACGUCAGCGACGCAAGCAAAGGAAACUACGGUACGGGAGACCCUUCCGGCCCCAGUUGCAACUCUGCUAGGGUUUAGCGAAAUCGCGGCCGGAGCUCCGCCCAAGGCUCGAAACUCGAAGCAGCAAACGGUGUGGAGAUGGACGGCGACGAGGAGGGGGUGGCGGGGCCGAUGGGCGACGAGGCGAUGUUCUUGAACGGUGGCGACGAUGGCCGGCAGCAGUGGCGACGGAUCAAGGCGGCGAUGGGCAGCGAGCAGAUUGAUGUGGAGGCCUACGCGUCGCUGUACAUCGGCCGGACCAAGGUGAUGCGUCUGCUCUUCAUGGCGGAGCGCUGCGGAAACGAGGGAAUGCAGCUCGAGGCCCUCCGCCUCGCCUACGACGAGAUCAAGAAGGGCGGGGACUCCCACCUCUACCGCGAAGUAGCCGGCAAGAUAGCCGGCCGCCUCGGGCCUCAAUACACCCUCGACCAGGCCUGGGCCGACGCCAUCGACCGCCGCGCCGAGCAGCGCAAGGACAAGCUUGAUAACGAGCUCAAUGGCUAUAGGACAAAUUUGAUCAAAGAGAGCAUCAGAAUGGGUUACAAUGAUUUAGGAGAUUUCUAUUAUGCUCAUGGUCAACUUGGGGAUGCCUUUAAGAAUUAUGUCCGUACCCGUGAUUAUUGCACUACAUCAAAACACAUUAUUCAGAUGUGUUUGAAUGUUAUUCUGGUCAGCCUCGAGUUGGGCCAGUUCUUGCAUGUGUCGAAUUAUGUUGGUAAAGCUGAGCAAACACCAGAGUCGCUGGACUCUAUCACAGCUGCAAAGCUACGAUGUGCUGCAGGAUUGGCUUACUUGGAGGCGAAGAAGUACAAGCUUGCUGCUCGCAAGUUUCUGGAAACUGGCCCUGAACUAGGGAACAACUAUACAGAGGUGAUAGCACCCCAAGAUGUUGCUACAUAUGGUGGACUUUGUGCACUUGCAUCUUUUGACCGAACAGAACUGAAGAACAAAGUCAUUGACAACAUUAACUUUAGAAAUUUCUUAGAGUUGGUGCCUGAAGUAAGGGAGCUUAUACAUGACUUCUAUGCAAGUCGCUAUGCUUCUUGCCUAGAGUAUCUUGAGAACCUUAAACCAAACCUGUUGCUGGAUAUCCAUUUACAUGAUCAUGUUGAAGCACUCUAUACUCAAAUUCGCCACAAAGCUAUCAUCCAAUAUACACAUCCAUUCAGUUCUGUGGAUCUCCACACAAUGGCGGGUGCCUUUAAAACUAACGUUUCUGGAUUGGAGAAGGAACUCGAAGCUUUGAUCACUGACAACCAGAUUCAAGCCCGGAUAGAUUCGCACAACAAAAUUCUUUAUGCAAGGCAUGCUGACCAAAGAAAUGCGACAUUCCAGCGUGUCCGACAAACUGGUGUUGAGUUUGAGAGAGAUGUUAAGGCGCUGUUGCUGAGAGCCAAUCUCAUCAAGCAUGAAUACAACCAAAGGGCAGCACCGAGGAAAGUUUGAGACAGAAGGCUUAUCUCCUGAAUUGAGUUUUUGCUGGGGGUUUUUUAAAUACUGGGAUCGUGCCUCUUAUGAAUGGAAGCUAGUUUUCUUUUGUGCAUUUGUUUGUAAAAUCCAUGGUUAAAAUUUGUGGGGAUGUCAUGUAUUUGCCUGAUUCGGGCAUGAAAUUGAAACCUUUACAUUUUUAAGGUGGCUGUAAUUUUAUGUACAUAUUUUGAGGUUGGAUAUUUGUGCAUGGCUUUCUGUAGCUAUGAUUGAACGCCUCCAGUUGAUGUGGUAACAUCAGCUGCCAUAACAAAUAUUUACGCACUGUCAAAACAAAGAUACAGAUAAUGCAGACAUUUGUGUUACUUAUUUCA